AUGUUGGCAAACGCAAAGUAUAGCCUUGGAGGAGGGUGCCUGGAUGCCAUAUUGAAAACCAAGGAGAAGGUUUAUGACGGCAUAGUCGAACAUCUUGAGAUUGAAGGCUAUCCUACGGAAGCAAAUCCAGAUUUUAAAGAAGCCAAUAUCAGCGACUUGGUCUACAUCACCCUUCAUCCUAUACUCUUCGAUUUCAAACGCAAGACGGGACGCACCGUACGCUUAUUGAGGGAGAAAGAGAUUGUCUCUACAGACGGCGAGACAGGAGGCACGGAGGAAUUUGUUAUGGUGGACCUGGUUUCGGUAACAGAGGAGAAGUUUAUCUUCAUAGUAGAGGCAAAGAGAUCUUCUCUGGGACAAGCGAUGAAACAGUGUUUGCUGGCUAUGAAGGAUAUGAGAGAUAACAAUGGUGGUGUUGGCGAGGUGUACGGUGACAAACAAGCUGGAUGUACUAUUUCAUACGAUGGGCGAAGAAAAAGAGAAAUGGAUGAAGGGCUAUGCGGUUCUGGUGGACUGCAUGUACGCAGCGUUGGGCAAUGGAGGCAUCGUGGAGAAAUGAUUGAGGGGAAUAUUACUAUUUUCCACGGGGGCGUAGCCAUCACGAGUGAAGUGAAGGGAUUGUUUUCGACAAAGACGAGAGUACACGAAGAACAAAGAUUGCACAACGACAAGGGACUCAGCUACACACGGGCAACUCCUCGAUCUGACCUCACGGGAGCAGUCACGAUCAAUAUGAACACCUUUGGAGCAUUUGUGCGUAGCUACGCCGGCCACUUCAUCACUGGGGCCUUUACCCUCGUUGCGACCGGUGGCCUCAUUUGGGACAACCACAAAGGACGUAGAGACGCUGUGGACAAACUCGAUACCAAGAUCGAUGGAGUCAAGGACCUUGGAGCGGAAGUCCAAGACUGCCAGUCAAUGAUCCUGGAAAACGGACAUCACAUUAUGAAUGCACUUGACGGAAAUAAAAAGCCGAUGAGGGAGUGGCUCCACAAGCUUGAGCGUUGCAAGCAGUCUGGUGGUGAGGAUUGCGAGCGAUGGAGGGUCGGGCGAGACGGAGGGGGUGGCGAGGCUUGGCCUUGCUUGAGACAGCGGAUUGAGCUUUUAGAGAAUCUUGCCUACUAUGGUGACCCGAGAUAUACCUGA